GAACAUCAAUCGUCUGAAGAGGGAGAUUCUCAUUGGAUAAACACUUGUCGAUUUGACAGCUGUACACACUUUUGCAAGUUCAACCCGAUGGGCCCCGUAGCUCUCUCAGUAUUUUCGUUUUUCGUAGCCUCUAUCAAGAGAUUUUCCUUUUUUACACACCCCCUGGGUGGUGGUAUCAGUAAAACGAAGCUGCUGAACUUACGAGGGUCAUUGGAGGCAUCAAAAUAUUAGAUGUAAUUUUUUUACUGACGACUCGUGUGAGCGCCGCCGCAUAUAUAUGUAUAUAAAAAAUCCCUGUCUCUGCUAUCUCUUGGCGAGUGGUAGGGGGUCCAAUCUAUAAUUUAUAUCUCUACCAAGCCUGAUUUAAAACCAGAGGAUCUUUAGCCUUUUUCUUCAUUAAUACAAACUCUGUGAUAGAAGGAAAAAGUUCCUGUCAUUUAAAGAAAAAUAAUAUAAAAAAGAUUCCAUAAUUCGGCGUAUUAUAUAGUUGGAGCUUGGCUGUGCAGAAGUCUUGUGUGUGCUUUUGAGAAUAUAAUUGUUUGAGAGGGACUUGGAGUUUGGAGUCUCGACCAUAUUCCUCGGGGAACCAGAUUCGGACCACUUGUUGGAGAAGUCUUUUCCCGUGAACCAUAUAGCAGGAAGGAAACCGACAGAAUUUCUCUUUGGAAGGUUUUCAAAAACAACAAUGUCUACCAGUUCCUUGACAACAGCGAUGUGACGCGCAGCAACUGGAUGCACUACACAAAUUUCGCCUACACGGCAGCCCAGCAGAACUUAAUCGCGUGUCAGAUAGACUUCAAUAUUUAUUUCUACACGACGAAGCCCAUCCCCCCCAACACGGAGCUCAUGGUGUGGUACUGUAGGGAGUAUGCUGACCGCCUCAACUGCCCCCUGACAGGGGAGGAAAUGCUGCAAAACUGGAGGCGGCAGUAUAUCGAGCGACAGAUCACCAUGCCCAAACCUUUACUUCCUCUUCCUAUCUGUCACAACGCAUUCAAACCGGACCUGAGCGAUUCCAAAUUCUGUCCAGAAAAACUGACGAAGGAGUCCAAAAACGAAAGUAGUGACAGCAGUCGAGACGAUGGCUUCGCCAUUGAUUACAGUUUACAUAAGAGAGAUGGUUCGCCCACUAGCGAAGAUCUUGAGAGGAGUCGAGAGGAACGCAAAAAGUCAGAAAAUAUGGAAAUUAUCCCCUCCCCCACUAAGUCUCCGCCCAUCAGUUACUUGAGGGAUAGGCUGUCGCCAAUGUCUAUCUUUCAGGCUAGCUCCACACCAUCUGCUUUCCACCCAAAACCGGUCAUGGCACACAGCACUCCAAAGAAAUCAUCGUCCGGUGCGGUGUUUGAUAGUCUGCUGAUGAAGAAGAUGAAAGAAAAUGGUGAAGAUGUGCCAGACAAAAUGCUGAAGGGAGAUAUGUCUCCACUUGACUUUAAAUCACCCAAUGAAAUCAAAUCACAAAUCUCACCUGCUCAUGAGCCGAAAAUCAAAACCGAAGAAUCUAGUCCCAAAGAUCUGAAGGAUCGUGCACCUCAUCCAGACCAAUUCAACCCCUUCAAUCCAUUCUUUUUCAAGUUCAUGCAGCCAAACCCGAUGAUGGAUAAAAACAACAUGCCUAUGCCUCCAUACAUGGGCCGUCCAGAAGAAAACAAAUUCAUGUCCAAGAUGCCUCCCCAUUCUGGGCCCCCCUUGUAUUUCCCCACCCCAUCCAUGCCCUAUCUUCCAGCCAUGUAUCCAUUUGGCCCAUACCCAGGAAUGCCCUGGCAAAUGUUUCCGCCUCCUUUCCAGCAGAUGGGCAACCAGCAAGCACCGAUGCCAUUUCCACCUCGACCCAUGAUGCCUCAGCCAGAGCAGGUCCUCAAUCUCACAAAACCAAGAAUGGAGGGGGUUCACGGACGGGGACACAGAAGUCUGCCCUAUCCUCUGAGAAAGAAGGAUGGAAAGAUGCACUACGAGUGUAAUGUAUGUUAUAAAUCAUUCGGACAAUUGUCAAAUUUAAAGGUGCACCUUCGCACUCACACUGGGGAAAGGCCAUUUGUCUGCCAGACUUGUGGCAAAGGUUUCACCCAGCUCGCUCAUCUACAGAAGCACCAUCUUGUCCAUACCGGCGAAAAACCUCACGAGUGUACAGUCUGCGGAAAGAGAUUCAGCUCAACCUCCAACCUCAAAACUCACAUGCGCCUACACUCGGGGGAGAAGCCCUUUCAUUGUAAACUCUGUCCAGCCAAAUUCACUCAAUUCGUCCAUCUUAAACUUCAUAAAAGACUGCACACCAAUGAACGUCCGUACGAGUGCCCUCAGUGUAACCGCAAGUACAUCAGUGCGAGUGGACUCAAAACUCACUGGAAGACUGGCAACUGCAUCCCGCCCGGUUUGAACAUUGACUACAACACGCUGUUAGAAAAUACUCAUCACGAGGUCAUCAGCCAAGACCGGCAAGACGGAUACAACGAAAACAUGGAAGGCGAGAAAUUCGAAAAAUACGACCAAGAGCUGGACGAGGACCUCUCCAAUCAAAGUCAUUUAGACUCUUUUAACAAUAACGCAGACAGUCCUAGUGCUAACGGAAGCUUAAAUCAUUUACGUUUGAACAGUUGUAGUAGCAGCGUGAUUGGAAGUGACGAAGAAGGGGAAAAGAACCCUCCCUCGCCGGCUUUCUCUGACCCUGAGAACAGCAGCACCAGUGUGUUUGAGAAACCAGUGGAGUAUACCAUGUCACCCUCACCCCCAAAACUGUCAUCCCCACCCCCCAUCUCAAACCCUGAGCCCGUCUCAGUUUAAUCAAAUUAAACUAUAGUGACAGAUUAGAAAUUUCCUAGGACCGUUUUUUAUGGUUGGAAAAUACUGUAUUAAAUUAUACAUGUAAAAGAUGCAUAAUAACAAAGUAGAGCAUGAUAAUUUAAUAUAAACACAUUCAGACCUUAUGUAGAAGAGUUGCAUCCCUUGAUAGAUUGUGUAUUUGAUUUGACAAGAACUUAGUGUGAUGAUGAUAAUGAUAUAUAUAUCCAUGACAGGUCAAAUAUGACUUUUUUUUGUUUGCUGAAUAUUUAUAUUUCAUGUUAUUUAAACAGAGUUGAAUUGUUUUUGUAUAAUUUAUUUUUCUUUCUUUCUUUUGAGUUGUGAUUUUUAAGGUACAUUUUUUUUUAGGUUAUACCAGUCUUCUUUGUAAUUUAAGUGUACAGCUCAGCAGCCUCUGAAAACAAUUUGUAUUUAUUUAUUUUUUUCAUGGAUUUUUGAUUUCAUAACUUCCUGCUACAUGUAUUAAAUGCUAAAGCACUAUAUUCUUUAACCCUGUUUUAAAACAUAAAUUUUUUUUUUUUAUGAAACCUGACUAUGUUGAAAAUUUUGAAUUGAAUGACUUUAAUGGCAGCAAGGAAAUAUUUAUUUUCUGAUAUCAGUGAAACUAACAAAUUUUUGCUGUGUGUUUUCCCACUAAUUCUUUUUUUAAGAAAUGUGAAUUUGUACCUGUUGUUCUUAUAAUGGCUCUUGCAUUUUGUGAAUGUCAUCAUGUUAUGAUGACGUUUUGUUUUUGUAUGAUUUUUUUUUCCUGGCAUUUCAUUUGCAUUUAUGUCUAUUGACAAUCAUUUUUAAGAGUAUUGCUAAUGAAUAUACUUAUUCAGUUCAAUGACUGUAUUGAAAUGGUUAAUAAAACGUGCUCCCAAAAGCAUAAGAACUGUGAACAAAGAAAUUUUGUUAAUUUAAGAGGGAUUUUCAAUGGAAACAACAUUACUUCUAAUGAAAUGUUAUCGUCUGAUGAAAUCCUUUUUAUUCUGCUUUCAAUGAGAUACAAAUUGUUUAUCUAUUUUGGUCCGUUAUGGGGGAUCAUAAUGUUAAUCCUUUGUUUUCAAUGUUUACAAUAGGGAAAAGUCUUCAUGUAUGCUAUAAAAUUGACUACAAUAGGCCGGAUUAGAAAUGGCAUUUGGGCUUCAGAGAAAAUUCAGCGUCACUGAUGCUCUAGGAGAUAAGAUAAUGUAUUGGUAAAUAAAAGGUUUUUUCUUAAAUUUUCUAAAUCAAUUGUCAUGAUUAUCUCCCUUGGCACGAGUGCAGUCCCUUGGCGCAUCGGCCAUAUCGUCCAUAUCACAGAGAAACGAGAUUGGGAGUUAUUAAUGACACCGGAAUGGUCCGGAGCUCUCUGUCAAAUUAACAGAGCCGUUCUACGUAACUGUAUAGUAAACGUGUUUGUUUAAUAAAUUCCAGGAGACAAUUUGGGAGUCUCCGGGCGCUCUGGAAUCGUCUUACUUAGACUUUUCAAGCGUGUCCGCUCUAAUCUACACAAUCGUCGGAGUAAUUUUCAAAAUCGCUAGACAACCGUCAUUUCCCUUUGACUCUUUCUCUCUGGUGAAUUAUAAGAUUUCUAUGCAAAUUCUCCUCUGUGGCCAUGCCAGGGAAUUAACAGGUUGACACCAUAUUGAAAUUAGUGAAAAUCUUUAUCUGGAGAGUUCGAAGCAUUGUUCUUAAAUGUUGGCCCCCAUUAGCGAAACAAAUGAUGCAGAGAACGCAUCAUCUAACAGGUCUCUUUAACUAAUGAUUUAGUAAAAUCAACCGGCAAAUAAAAAAAAAAGCACAUUGAAUUAAGCUCUUGCAUCAUUUGCAUGUAGUCGUAUGCCGCGAUUAGAUCUCGAACGCAAAUUGGCAGUUGAAAUUGACAGGCAUAGAUAGCGAACGGUUAUCGUGGCUCAAUGGAGAGAAUUGAUUGUGAAAGUUUUCUGUCAACACUAGAAGCGGAAAUGUUUCGCUUUCUGUCGAAAUUUGUGUCAAUAUUUAUCAAUUAAGGGAUGCUUUACGACCGGUCGGUUUAAAGCGGUGAAAUAGAAAACUCUAAUAGUUAGAUCUAAAUGAUAGGUGGUACGUUUCAGAGGUAAAACAAAAGAACAAAAAUCUAGAGAAAAGAGAAAUUGUUCUUAAAUAGAAUGUGCGCAAGUUGAUAGAGAUCAUUGGGUUUUUGAAAAUAGCACACCUUUAUGGGUUUUUUUUCCCAACAAAUUAAAAUAGAUUGUCUCCUUUAACAGUCACAAUUCUCCGACUGGUACGGACAUCGCAAUUGAUAUUGGAAAACAUGUUAAUAUAUUGACAAAAAAUAUUUUUCUGCCCCCUCUUUUUAAUUCCUGAAAAAAAAUUACGAAAAAUAAACCCCCACUGUUGAACAAACAAUAUUCUAAAUGUAAAAUAAAAUGAACUGGUUAUAAUGUUUGUAUUUCGUUUUCCUUUUUGAAGACUGUGAAAUGUUUUAAACUUAACUUGUUUAUGUUUGAAUAUUAUUUAAAAAAUAAAAAUAUAUAUACACAAACAA